ACCACCAUUACUACCACUGCCAUCACCAUCAUGGCGCCCACAAGUGCCACUCACUCGGACAUACAGCUGCUCAAUUUGCCUGCUCAGUCCACUAUACACCAUCGUCUCUUCCUCCUUGUGGGCAGAGCAACAGGCGGCGCAUCUCAGCAGCCCAACCCAAACGGCCCAGACGGCUGGAUCGAGGUGUCGGUCAAUGAAGGCAGCAGCCGCCUCUUCCCCGACCAGAGAUGGGAGGUGAACGACUCCUGGUUCAAGGCACUGAUACCACUCGGUAUCGGCACUAAUCAGGUACACCUCACUCACAGGACUCUCCAGGGUCAGGCAGUGGGCGAGCAGACCUUCCAGCUAUCCUACCAGCCCGUGUCCAGCGCCAAGAAGGUCAGACUGGUCGUCCUCUGCGGCAAAGACUCUGCGAUUGGGAAGUCACCUGCCCAGUCCGGCGUACAGCAUCAACAUUUGUCCUAUGACCACACUGGGAAUGGCUCCAACAGUCAGCAGCAUUUCGCUCCUCCGCUUCCGAAUAGGGGCAUAAGCAAGUUCCUCGCAAAGGCAAUGAACAAGUUAGAGGGAGGAUCUGGAGGAGCCAGCGAGGGCAACAGGGGAGCCCAGAACGGCUCACCAGUGGUGGGAGACAACGAGUGCAACAUCGACUGCCCGCCUGGUUGGAGGAGGCAAAAGCUGCAGCGUGAUGGAGAUUUGGCCAUCUCUCGGCGGUUAGCCUUGCAAGCGUAUCUCUGGCAGGCGUUCCAUGCUGAGCAAAUGCACCGGCACGGCUUCGGACAUCGCACUUUCACACUGGACGAGCGUCCAGAGGCUGAAGUCACAGACCUCGUAGACAUUCCUCGCAUCGAGUAUGUCCGUUCGAAGUACACAAUGGCGCAGAUCCGCGACCACGACUGGGCGCAGCAGAACCCCAAAGCCAAGGAUGGUGGGAAGACACACAGUAUCGCGAGCGAGGCCGUCAACGACCAGCCCUUCUGCCAGCCGGGUGACGCCUGUGCCGUCUUGCUCGGCGAUGCCCACUGGGAUCCUGAGAUGAAGCUCCUCAGGGGUCACGCCGCCGUCGGAGCCUUCGCUGGCAUCAACGAUAAGCCCUCAGUCGGAGUCAUGGGGUCUCAUUGGCUCUGGGCGGCACCUCAAGCUCUGAGCGAGGUGACGGAUAGUUUCAUGGAUCAGGAGCAGACGGAUCAGAAGUAUUGCUGCAACGAUUUAGGCGAAGGCAGAACGGCUUCUCUCACUGUGAACAUUGGUAGUGGAGCUAUGCUACACGAGGCUGGGCAUGCUUUGAGUAAUCCUCACUACCCCACCGGCUUCAUGAACCGCGGCUACACAGAGUUCAACCGUGCUUUCAUGACCCGCGAGACGCACUCUCUCACGGGGACCAAGGGCCCCUUCAAGCCCAUCACACCUGCGUGCGACUCGGGAGCCUUCCACAUCCACCGCUGUCAGGCCGUGCGUGCAAGUCUACACCCAACCUUCUCCCACCCCAACGACCCGCCGCCGGUGCAUUACCCCUCGAACCCAGAAGCCUGGUCGAGCGCUGAGCCCGUUUGGAAGCCGACGAGUAAAGGAGCAGAAGUAGGAUGCUUGGCCGGGGUGGCCAUGGUGGAGAUCGAGGUAGGGGGAGAAUUCAAGACGCACAUCGAGUGGCUGGGUCGCACACAGGGCGCAGAGAACACCCCUCCGCUCACCACGCUGAUCACCCCAGAGUACAUCUCGCAGCGCGUGGGCUUCGAUGUCCUCUCUCCCUCUUCGCCCGAGGUGAAGCUGACCGCCGUGGGGUGCAACCUGCGCUCCAAUGAGCUCAACUCCUACCGGAGAAUGGCAAUUGCACGCCCGAUCACCAUACCAGGGGUGGAUUUGGGGGCGUUCGGGAGAGAGGUCAGGAAUGGGAUCAGGACAAAGACAGACGAUGAUCCGCUACAUGGCCACUGGACGUUCUUGUUCAACAGCGCCUGGCCAAACGGGCCAAAGAUGGUCCAGAUUGACGUCUUCUCCGGCGCAUCCCUCAAUGCCCUCGGCUUCCGCUACUCGGACGGCUCAUCCCAGUCCGUGGGCAGGAUCCACGCAGAUGCCAAGCCAAAGGCCACGCUCCACCUCGCACCGGGGGAUAGGCUGGAUAGAAUUGAGGUUCGAUCCGGCUGGUGGAUCGACGCAGCCCGUGUCAUCCUCUCCUCAGGUCAGACUACCGAAUUCUGCGGCGGGCCCGGAGGCGGGCUUCGCUCCCUGGCCGCAUCGCAGGGCGAAGAGAUUGUAGGAAUCGUGGGCAGCGCGGGCGACUGGCUUGAUACGCUCGGAGUUCUCGUCGCUGAUCGAAGGGACUGAUCGACCUGGCUCACGACGACGGCAGGUGGCGGACGGCCCCCAGAGGGAACACGCGCUACGACUGUUUGGUGUGGA